AUGUCAACGUGGUUCACUGUUCUCGCCCGUGUAGUUGAGGUAGGUAGAAUCCAGGACUCCCCAUAUCGUAAUGCCCUAUGUGAGUUCGAGGAAGGCAGCAGUGAUGUCACAACAGGAGACUGGAGAAGCUUUCAUAUCGCGUUCUAUGGUGAUCUGUUGGAUACAGGGAGAGCAUACAUGAUCCGCGGUCAGGCUCGGCUUCCAGGGAACGACGAGGCAGAGGCGCCCAAAUUUACUGCGUUUGAUGCUAUUCCUUUGGCAACGGACUAUCUGCCCAUCCAUCAGCUGCGCAUCAAUGCGGCAGCGGAGUUGACAUGCACGCCACGAUUUGUCGACGCUACUCGCACAUUCGAAUUCGAAGCGAAGCUUACGGGUUACUAUGGCGAUCCCGCCCCUCCAGUGUUACGCAAUGACAGAGUCUUCAAAGCUUCACAAACCCGUACAAAGACUCAAUACAUUUACGCUGAGCAGUCUCCCAAAUUUGACCGCACUCUCGGUAGCGAAAACCUGCGCGCUCAGAGCAGGCUCUUCAUCGAUGGGUUCUAUACCUUUCCAGAUGAGGAGACCCAGCAGCCUGGAUAUCUUGACUUGCUCGCGGUGUCCUUUAACUCGACCAACAAAGACCCUGCAAACAGUGUCGGUUCUCCAGCCAAGGGGGGCUCAUCUCGUCGUAGAGAUGUGCCGCUGAAGAUAUCACCUGCCAAGCAGACAAACAUGAGAAGGAUGCCGGCUCCUGUGACUCCGCCCAACGCGCGCCUUCCUUUGCACAGUGGGAGUUCUGCUUCAACGCCUCAUACUGUAUCUGACACGUUUACUCCCGGCAGGGCCAGUACCGCACCCUCCCUCACAAUGGACGAUGGCAGCAGGAGGGGUCUAAUUGUUGAUUUUGAGGUUCUCGAGAGCGGACCCGGGGCUCAAGUCGAUCAUUCUGCGAUGAGCUCUUUUGCCCCGGAUGGUUUGCAGAACAAGCGCCAGGCGACUGAGCCGUCUCAAGAGCCUUCUUCUAAGCGCAGUCGGAAGCCAAGCCAGAAAGCAAAGGAGAUGUUGACCGAAGACGAGCUUGAGGAAUAA